AUGCCAAUGCGCGUCAAGACACCCUGGAUCGAUGCCCUGACGCAGGCUCGCGAGCAGGCUAAGCAGGGAGAGGGGAAGGCAGCUGCUGAGGCUGCUCCGAAACCAGACCUGACGCCGAGGAGGAUGUCUGAUAGCUACUUUUCUGCGGUAGGUUGCCCUACCUAUAUGUUAGGCUCGCUCCUGAUGGAUCUCGAUGCCAUGGCUGGUGUGAUUGCGUACCGGCAUACUGGCGAUGCCGUCACUACGGUGACUGCGGCCGUAGACCGGAUUUCGCUCCAGCGCCCGCUCAAAGAGAUCUGUGAUCUCGAGCUCAGCGGCCAGGUCACCUACGCGACAGGACGAUCCAGCAUGGAAAUCUCCCUCCAGGUUGCCAAAGCUCCCAAGGAGGGAGAGAAGGUCAAGCCGGAGGACGUCUUGAUCACCUGCGCUUUCACCAUGGUCUCUCUGGACCCGGUGACGAAGAAACCGGUUCCCGUUGCACCACUGCUGGUAGAAACGGAAGAGGAGCGCGCCCUCUUCAAGAAAGGAGAGGAAAACUACAAAGCAAAGAAGGCUUUGCGGAAAAGGAGCCUGCUGGAGCAGGCUCCGAAUGAUGAAGAGGCCCACCUGAUCCACUCGAUGUGGACGAGGGAGAUGUCGUAUCUGAACCCCAAUUCUCCUGUCAAGAGGCCGUCAAAUGUCGUCUACAUGAACGAUACGGUCCUGAAAUCGGCAAUGAUCAUGCAGCCGCAAGACCGCAACCGCCAUAAUUUCAUGAUCUUCGGCGGCUUCCUGCUGAAGCAGACGUUUGAGCUAGCAUUUUGCUGUGCCGCGUCUUUCUCUCAUAGCAGACCGACAUUCGUCUCUCUGGAUCCGAGCACCUUUGAGAAUCCCGUCCCAGUCGGCAGCGUGCUCUAUCUCAGGGCGAUGGUAUCAUACACGGACCCUCCUCUCCUGGCGCAGCAGGAGGGAGAAGGAGAGACCAAGCGACCGUACACCAAAGUGCAAGUGCGCGUCGACUCCAAGGUCCGCGAUGUCGAGCAUGGAAUGAAGAAGUCGACCGGCGUGUUCAACUAUACCUUCCUCGUUCCGAAGGAUAUCCAGGUCAUGCCGAAGAGUUAUGGCGAGUUUAUGGUCUGGAUCGACGCCCGGCGACGGGCCAUGAAUAUGGAGCCGAUCGUGACGUCCAGGUUUACUGUGCAUGAUGGAGUGACGGAUUAUGUACUAGAUAUGUUAACCAUGGAUAUUUCUGAUGAGUAUUGGAUAUCCCGCUAA